CAAAACCUUCCUCAGCAGUUACAGAGUCAUUUUUAUGUCACAUUUGAAAGUGUCAUUUUUUAAUGUGCCAUGCUUUUUACAUUUUCAGACAUUCCCACUGUGGAGACGAGAGGCGCUCCUCUCCUGACCUCCCCUUGGUCCUCGGACAGUCAUCAGAUCUCUGAAAGAGAGAGAGAGCUGGAGAGAUUAGUCUUCAUGCUGCUCAACCACACAUCACACACCGACCUCAAGUCCCCCGUCAGCGAGUGCCCGCUCUGUGAGAAGUCUCUCUCAGAGGUGUUCACAUCAGGAGAAGGCAUGCAGACUCACUUUCACAGCAGCCUGUCCCUCCCGUUGGUACGAUCGCCCAACGCCACAGACCUCCCUCACAUGCCCUUUGGAUUCAGGAUGCUCAGCGGCUACGCUCGAGUUAAGGACCGGAGCUUCGGCUGCAAGGUGUGUGGGAAAGUGUUCAAGCGAUCGUCUACUCUGUCCACUCACCUCCUCAUCCACUCAGACACCCGACCGUACCCCUGCCAGUACUGCGGGAAAAGAUUCCACCAGAAGUCAGACAUGAAGAAACACACCUUCAUACACACAGGUGAGAAACCACACGUGUGCAAAGUGUGCGGUAAAGGAUUCAGCCAGAGCUCCAACCUCAUCACUCACAGCAGGAAGCACAGCAGCUACCGGCCGUUCAGCUGCCCCCGCUGUCAGCUCAGCUUCCAGCGCCGCGUCGACCUGCAGCGCCACCAAGAGACGCAGUGUGGAUAUGGAGACGUUUACAAGCAAAGCUGAGCGCAUGAUGGGAUGGAGUGCUGGAAAAACAUGUGUCAAACUAAAUCUGUGAAUUAAACUGGAUUAUUUUGUCAUGCUGGAGUGGGAUUUUGGGGGUUUGCUGGUUUGUUGUUGACCGGUACAAAAAAUCUGAAGGAGCAUCCUUGAAACUUUUUGAGCCUUUCAGGAAUCUCACCACAAAACCUCCCUGACAAAUGACUCUGAAUAUUUCUCUGAGGAUGGAACAGGUGAAAGUGUUGUGAUUGGAAAAUCAUCCAAUCUUGUGUUCUUUAACGUUCUUACUGCCUCAGAGAUCUGUGUGGAUGUGUUUGUAGUCUUUGUGUGAGUGUGUGUGUGUGUGUGUGUGUGUGUGUGUGUGUGUGUGGUUCCUCAAAUCACUGGAGGACAUCAUGAUGGAUGAUUGAUGAUGAUGAUGAUGAUGAUGAUGGUGGACUCAGGAUGUUUUUGAUAACUUAAUUUCUUGAACAUAUUUUGUAAAAUGACUUUCUAAA